AUGACGACACGAAUAAUACUAUCCAGAACACUGCGAAUACUACUCCUAUUAUGGAUCAAUACACUACCAGUAGUACAUGCAUCCAGAUAUCGCGCUCGAAGCUGUGCUGGUUCAAUUCGACAUGUUCAUUUGGCAGUGGGCCACGACCCGGCCACUCAAAUGACAGUGUCCUUCUCUUCCGUGCGAUCCUUUCAUGCUCCUCUGGUAGGCGGUGUGCUGAUAGGAACGUCUCCCGACAAUCUGGAUGUGUACAUUGAAGAGAAAGAACAUCGAUACUACAAUGCGACACCCGACAAGGCCAAACAUGGAGAAUACCAUUCUCCUCUGCUACAUGCCAUUCGGAUCAAGGACUUGGAACCCUCCACUACCUAUUAUUACAAGUGUACCGUACGGAAACGUCAUGAUGAAUCUCCAUUAGAAGCUUCCGAGACGGCAUGGGCUCUUCGGGGAAACAGUUUGAAGAAACGAAAAGAUCAUUCACACGACCAUGAUUACAUGAAAGCAAAUCAGCAACAAGAGGUCAUGAGGGCAGAAGAACGAGAAGAAUCAUCGGCAGAUAACGAUGAUGAACCGGAUCAACGGAGCAGACAAUUGGAUCUCGAUUACUACGAUGGUACUCAGGGAGAAUGUCCACCUCCCAAUAAGAUUCGAACCUUCCAAACGGGACCAGCCUUAGGAUCUCUGGACCAAACCAAAAAGACCAACAACCAACCCAGCUUGAAGUUUGCCUACAUUGGUGACAUUGGCCAAUUCGAACAUUCUCAAGAAAACAUCGUCCACUUGGUUACACACGAACGCAACAACCUCAAUGCCAUCAUGUUGGCUGGAGAUAUUGCCUACACGGGAUACGACAAUCGUCGAUGGGAUACCUUCUUUGACUUUAUGGAUGAUUUCUUCAUGGUCGACGAAAUACCCAUGCAAAUAUGUGCCGGGAAUCAUGAUAUUGAAAAAGAAGAAAACUCGAACGAGAUCUUCCUCGCGUACGAACAUCGAUUCGACAUGCCCCACGUCCAACCUGCACAACUGGGUGUUUACGAUGGUCCAUCGGGUCAUUUGAAUAUGGACGCUCCGCCCUAUCCCUUGGAUUAUGAAUACGGCAAUGCCUACUAUGCCUUUUCCUAUGGCAUCACACACAAUAUCUUUCUCAAUGCCUACUCUUCGAUGGACCCGGGAUCAAUCCAAUACAAGUGGCUCGUACGAGAACUCCAAUCCGUCGAGCGCAGAGUGACACCCUGGCUCAUUGUCACCAUGCAUGUACCCGUAUACAAUGCCUUUGAUGUGCAUCACCACGACUUGCAAAUUCUGGCAGCCAAGGAACACAUCGAACCCUUGUUUGUCCAGUACAAGGUCAACCUGGUUGUGGCGGGACACAUUCAUGCCUACCAACGAACCAAAAAUGUCGCCAUGGACGAACCCACUCCCAAAGGGCCGGUCCAUGUUGUGGUGGGCGCAGGAGGUAGACAGUGCAAGGCUCAGUUUCAAACCGAAGAGCCGGCUCCUUGGGUAGCUGUUCGAGAUGCAACGCGAUAUGGAUAUGGGACGUUGGAAAUCUUUAACGCAACCCAUGCUCAAUGGGAUUGGGUUGUGACUGGGCAUUCUGAAUACCAAGACGAAAACGUUCUUUGGAAACAGACAGAUACGACGUUUCCUCCGUUGCGUCACUCAGACUCUGUUGUUUUGGAAAACCAAUUUUUCCUGUAG